GAAAAGCUGCUUUAGCGUGGCCAAUCACAGUUAAAACUUUCUGACGCACUAUCAUAUAGUACGUGACGACACUUCCAAUUUUCUCCUCCAUUUUCACAUUUGAUAUCAAAAUUUGGUCUUGAAAUCUCUCACCCGCCACUUUACACUUUCAAUUUUCCAACCCUUCAUCCAUUUAUACAACAAAAUUCAUGUAUGUAUUGAGAGGGCAACAAUUUUUGUGUCUAGAGAGAGGGUAAUUUCAAGAUCGCAGAAAAAAAAGGAGAAAUGGCACCAAUUGUGGGUUCAAAGCAAGCGGAACAACUGAAACAAGAUGGGAAUACUUAUUUUUUAAAGAAUCGGUUUGGGGCUGCAAUAGAUGCUUAUACUGAGGCAAUUACAUUGUGCCCUAAUGUUCCGAUUUAUUGGACAAAUCGAGCUUUGUGCCAUCGCAAACGGGAUGACUGGAAAAGAGUGGAGGAAGAUUGUAGAAAGGCUAUUCAGCUGGAUCAUAAUUCUGUAAAGGCCCACUACUAUCUUGGUCUUGCAUUGCGACAAAAGGAACAGUAUGCUGAAGGUGUGAGAGAAUUGGUAAAGGCAUUAGACCUUGGAAGAGGUGCGGAUCCAGGAAGCUACAUUGUUGAAGAGAUUUGGGAAGAGCUUGCGAAAGCAAAAUACAUGGAGUGGGAGCAUGAAUCUACGAGGCGCUCCUGGGAGCUUCAGAACUUGAAAGAAUCCUGUGAGUUGGCUCUCAAGGAGAAGCAUGUGCGUGAUAGUUCUCAGACAGAAGGGCUCAAAGAUGAAAGCUCAACAUCUCUUUCGAAGCAACUGGAAGCUGUAGGCGAGGUUUUCAUGAAAGCUGCAGAAGAUGAUACUCCAAGUGAGGUUCCUGAUUACAUGUGUUGUCAAAUCACUCUUGAUAUUUUUCGCGACCCUGUCAUUGCUCCCAGCGGGUUUACAUACGAGCGGGCUGUUAUCCUUGACCAUUUGCGGAAGGUGGGCGAAUUUGAUCCAAUUACGCGAGAACCACUUUAUCCGUCCCAGUUGGUGCCAAAUCUGGCUAUAAAAGAAGCUGUUCGGGCAUUUCUGGAAAGGCAUGCCUGGGCAUACAGAAUAGAGUAAAUUCUUCAUUGGUAUGAUUGGUAUGGUCUGAUGCAAAUGUCCUUGGCGGUGCUAGUGAAACCAGGAACAGAGCCAGAAGGGUGGGAGGACGCAUCUUUCGGUGGAAUCAUCUGGCUAACAGCUUCCAUUCUAUAUUAACAUGAUUUCCCGUACAAAAUCAUGUUAAUCGCAGUUGUACAGUGUAGUACUUUUGUAAUUGGCUCCUUGGUCUUCAUUGAUUGUACAGCAAACCAUUACCAGCUUUUUGUAUGAUGUUACAGUGACACUGUUGAUCAAACGAAACUAUAGUUUUUUGAUA